CGAUGGUCCCGCUGGCGCGGCUGCCGCUGCUGCUGCUGCUGCUGCUGGGCCUGGGCCGGGCGCCCGCCCCCGCCCGGGCCUGCAGCUGCUCCCCCGCCCACCCGCAGCACGCCUUUUGCAACGCAGAUGUAGUUAUCAGGGCAAAAGCUGUCAGUGGGAAAGAGGUGGAUUCCGGGAAUGAUAUUUAUGGAAAUCCCAUCAAGAGGAUCCAGUAUGAGAUCAAACAGAUAAAGAUGUUUAAAGGACCGGACAAGGACAUCGAGCUGAUUUCCACGGCUCCCUCCUCAGCCGUGUGCGGAGUCUCUCUGGACACCGGAGGGAAGAAAGAGUAUCUUAUUGCAGGGAAGGCCGAGGGGAACGGCAGGAUGUACAUCACCCUCUGUGACUUCAUCGUGCCGUGGGACACUUUGAGCGUCACCCAGAAGAAGAGUCUGAACCAGCGAUACCAGAUGGGGUGCGAGUGUAAGAUCUCCCGCUGCCCCGUGAUUCCGUGCUACGUCUCUUCUCCGGACGAGUGUCUGUGGACCGACUGGGUCACCGAGAAGAGCAUCAACGGAUACCAGGCCAAGCACUUCGCCUGCGUCAAGAGAAGCGACGGGUCUUGCGCUUGGUACCGUGGGACGGCCCUGCCCAAGCAGGAGUUUCUGGACAUCGAGGACCCGUAGACCACCCGGCCCGGACCGCCCCCCACCCCUUCCCACCCCCCGAGUGGCCAAUAGAAAAGCCUGUGAGAGUCUAGACUGGUCCAGCUCUGACAUCGCUUCCUGGAAACAGCCUGAAAAUACGGUCGUCCCAUCCCCUCCCACCCGAAGCGGGUCCAAAUUAGUCGCGAUGAGCUUCGGUUUUCCCGUUUUCUCUUUCUUUUCAGAACGACGCUGCGGGUCUCCGGGGAGAGAGCCGGAUUCCCCCGAUCUCCGUUCAGUCCGCUGGGCUUUCUGAGAUUUUUGGUUUCUUUUUCUCCCGCCGAGGGGCCACGGAGGACUUUCUGCAGAGUUGGCAAGGCCGGGGGGAGGGCGGAGGCCUUAGGAACGUCACCCCCAGGAUGAAGCCGAGGAGGGCCGUAGCGGGAGUCUAUGUAGCCGGUCUACUGUGUUCUCUCCUUCUGAUGGUCUCGUCCCUCCUUUCACCGUUCCCUCGCCCCCCAGCCCUCUGCUUCCUUCUGUGGCUGGGGGUUUGUUCCUACCUUCUAAAAUGCCCUCUCCGGUCCCACCCGUGCCCAGACUUUCACCAGGCCCUCUCACGUCACGCUCGAACCGGGGCGGGACUCGAUUCUGAAGGGUGCCGGCCCGGGGGCUCUGAAGACUGGAAGCCCCAGGACGUCAAAAAGAGGUCCAGGACCCUGCCCAUAGGUUGGUUCUUUGGCGAGUAAAUUCCCUUGAGAUUCCCAAGCACCCUCAGACGGUCUGCUCCCCCUCGUAGUAGUUGAUUUCCGUGUCCGGGUCCGGUGUCCACUCUCCCCACGGACCAGUGGCCGUUGUGGCGUUUGACUGUCCAUGGAGGGGCGGGGAGGUUCCCGUUCGGACGUCCAGCUUCCCCUGGGCCACAUUUUGGGGCCGGGAGUGCGACGGUCACGGCUGCGUCGUCACUGUCAGAGCACCUCCGUUUCCCCAAGGAGCCGGCAAUUUGCCCUUUGGCUCUGAGGAGUCUAUAGGAGCUUUAUCGAGUCCAGGGAAUGGCUGGAAAGAGGUGGGGCGACCAGAGCUCGCCUUUUGGCUUCCCCACAUGGCAACCCCCUACCCUAUGCCCCUUGCCCGGCUUGUGAACCCAUCUAGAGAAUGAAAUUCUCACAGGACAAGGGCUCCCAACCUUCCGGGAGGCCGCCGUUUUCCCAACACGCCCCGGUGAGAACCGAUCCCGUCUCCCUCAGGAUGGGGUCUUGGCCUCUGGAAGCCAGAGCUGAGUUGGGAAUAUAGCUUUCCUGAGGGUGAGAAGGAAGGGUUUUCCGGGCCCACCCCCCCGUACGACUUGGUUAAUCCACUUGGAGGACAGAGACCCUCCCAAAUGGGUCCACGAUCUGCCAACCUCAGAGGGGCUUUCUCACCAAUCAGUAGUAUUUUUUUGAGCGCUUACCGUGUGCGGAGCAGUGGAUCAAGCUGCGUGGCCUAAUGGAAGGAGCC